AUGACUCUGAUGCGGCAGCAGAUGGAGGAGUACGUGUUCGCGCUGCAAUCGCGCAUCGUCGCGGGGCUCGAGGCGCUCGACCCGGGCUGCCCGCACAAGUUCGUGCACGACGCCUGGACGCGGUCCCAGGGGGGCUCCGGCAAGUCGUGUGUCUUCGCCGUGCCCCCCGACAGUGAAGAGGGCCCCGAGGCUGUGCUGGAGAAGGCGGGGGUGAACGUGAGCGUGAUCCACGGGGUGCUCCCGCCCGCGGCGGUCGCGCAGAUGUCCGCCAACCACGCCGCGCUGCCUGCCGUCCCCAAGGACAGCCCCGGCCUCCCCUUCUUCGUCGCGGGCAUCAGCUUGGUCAUCCACCCGCGCAGCCCGCACGCGCCGACGGUGCACGCCAACUACCGCUACUUCGAGGUGACCGACGACGCCGGGGCGGUGCUCGCGUGGUGGUUCGGCGGGGGGUCCGAUUUGACGCCGAGCUACCUCUAUGAAGAAGAUGCGGUGCAUUUCCACAAAACGAUCAAGGGCGUGUGUGACCGAUAUAGCAGUGCGCUGUACCCGGCGCUCAAGGCGUGGUGCGACGAGUACUUUUACAUCCCGCACCGCGGCGAGGCGCGCGGCGUCGGCGGCAUCUUCUUCGACGACCUCAAGCACAGCCCGCACCCCCGCAUCCCCGGCGACGACUUAUCUAAGCGGCCGGCCACCCCAGAGGCGAUAUUCGCGCUCGUGACCGCGCUCGGCGACGCCUUCCUCCCGUCGUACCUCCCCAUCUUGGCCAGGCGCAUGCACACGCCGCACACCCCGCUGCAGCGCCGCUGGCAGCUCGUGCGCCGCGGCCGCUACGUCGAGUUCAACCUCGUCGUCGACCGCGGGACCAAGUUUGGGCUCACGGCCCCCGGCGCGCGGAUAGAGAGCAUACUCAUGACGCUCCCCGAGACGGUCCGGUGGGAGUACAUGACGGACAUGGGCGGCGAGGGCACGGAGGAGGGGCGCAUUAUGGCGGUGGUGACGGGAAAGCCAAGGGAGUGGGUGUAG